UCGUGCUCAGUUUGUGGCAUGCAUUUUGGUUGUACGGUCACAGUCGAAGUGAGUGUUCUGUAAUAAUUUUCAUUUGCUUCCAAUUUUACAAUAUUUGCUACAAUUUGAUAUAGACGAUUUGGAAGUUCUUCCACUGCUUCAACAUAAAAAAUACAAGUAUAGUAAACAACAUAAAAUAUGACUAUGGAAAAUGGAAUGAACCUUCAGGACGGCUUGUCCUGUGAAGAGCUAUUUCGCAACAGCGAUGGAUUGACAUACAACGACUUUAUCAUUCUACCCGGCUACAUUGACUUUACGGCCGACGACGUGGACUUAUCUUCGCCUCUUACAAAGAAGAUUAUGUUGAAGGCACCUCUGGUUUCAUCGCCAAUGGAUACGGUUACCGAAGCUGACAUGGCUAUAUCAAUGGCGCUAUGCGGCGGUAUUGGCAUCAUUCAUCAUAACUGUACUCCCGAAUUUCAAGCUAAUGAAGUUCAUAAGGUCAAAAAGUACAAACAUGGAUUUAUCCGCGAUCCUAUGGUAAUGAGCCCGGAAAACAACGUAGCUGAUGUUUUGGAGGCUAAAAAGAAGAAUGGUUUCACUGGAUAUCCCAUCACAGAGCACGGCCGUCUUGGAGAGCGUUUGCUCGGCAUUGUGACAUCAAGGGACAUUGAUUUUCGCGAAGAAGAUGUCGCCUUAAAGCUAAAAGACAUUAUGACCAAGGUGGAGGACAUGGUAACGGCCCCAAGUGGGGUGACAUUACAAGAGGCAAACCACAUUCUUGAAAAAAGCAAAAAAGGAAAGUUACCCAUUGUAAACAAAAAUGGUGAAUUAGUUGCGUUGAUCGCCAGGACCGAUUUGAAAAAGGCCAGAAGCUACCCAAACGCAUCUAAAGAUAGUAAUAAACAAUUACUUGUUGGAGCUGCUAUUUCAACGCGAGAUGACGAUAAAGAGCGGCUGGAGCUGUUGGUGCAAAACGGAGUCGACGUAGUAGUUCUGGAUUCAUCCCAGGGAAAUUCGUCUUUCCAGAUCAAUAUGAUCAAAUAUAUUAAACAAAAAUAUCCGGACUUGCAG